UCUGACGAAGCUUUUGGUGUUGCUCAACGUCAGCUUACACAGGGUGUGUUCGUUCAGUAAAUAUUGCGGCAUUGUUUCUUUUUAUGAGAAAGCAUCACGUUCGCUACGAAAAUUUCGGCAACAGUGGCAACGUCACACGUUCGUGCAAGAAAAUGUAAUCAAUCUGUUGCUCAUCACUAGCCAAUCAAACGCAACACAAAAAAAAUUUCUGCGCAUUUGAAAUGGAGGACGAAAUAAUAAAAUUAAGUUCAGCUGAGUCCAAAUUGUUGGUCAGGUGUCGACUGGACAUGGAGCAAGAGUUUUCUUGCGGCAAAAGAAAAAAAUCGGUUCUUUGGGGCAAAGUUUUGGACAAAAUAAAGACUGAAGCUCCUGAUUUAACUGCGACAAAAGAGCAACUCCAAAGAAAAUUCCUCAACAUGCUAGCAACUUACAAAAGAAUAAAAAAGCGGAAUAGAUCAACAGGUAGAGAUGCAACCACUUGGGAUUUUUUUAAUGAUUUUGAUGAAGUUUACGGCAAUAGACAUUCAGUUGAUCCUCCAUCUGAAAACCUACAAAACUCAUUAGAUCUUCCAAGCUGCUCGACUGCAGAACACAUAAGAGCAAACGAAAUGUGCCGAGAGGACAAUGAUGUUGUGGAAAGCGUCUCAGACGUAAGGGGAAACCAGCAAAAUUUCGCUAAAAAAAAACGCACAGUAUCGGGAAAUGAAACGUUGGAAUUUUUAAAAAAGGAAUCGGAAGAAGAAAAACUCCGGCAUAGAGAAGUGAUGACGUUUGAAAGAGAAAAGUUGGAAUUUGAAAAGGAAAAAGCUAAAAUAAUGUUGGGAUUAAAAGAAGUGCUGGAUAAAUUUUUGCAAAAGUAACAUUUGCAAGUAUUUAGCUACAAAUUUAAUGAAAAUAAAAUC